AUGCAGGAGCUGAACCUGCGAAUAUCGCAAAUGCACAUAAUGCGAUUCAAAUUGAAAAAUUUGAUCCGGCGACCCAAACAUGAAAACGUUGGUUACAACGACUCGAAGGUUCCUUCAAGAGUACUGUGUGAUCGGCUUGAUCCAGAUGAUCCGUAUGCCAAAUCUUUCGAGGAAUUGUGUAAUAAGCUGGGAGAAUAUUAUGCACCAGAGCCACUGGAAAUUGCGGAAAUCUAUACAUUUCGCAAAAGAAUGCAAAAAGAAGGAGAAGCCGCGCAGGAAUACAUAGCGGCACUUCAAAAAUUGUCGUUAUAUUGCAAAUUCGGCAAUUAUUUAAACACGGAAUUACGAAAUCAAUUCGUCUUUGGAAUCAAAAACCCACGGAUCCAAGCCAGACUUUUGGAAACGAUCGAUCUAACAAAGGAGCGAGCUCUCAAAAUCGCCUGCGCAAUGGAGAUGGCUGAUCAAGGGGUAAACAAGCUGAAGGACGAAUCGGCAGUGGCAGUCGACUUCGUCGGAGCUGGAAGUAAAAACAAGAAGAAGUCAAAAGAAAAGGAUCGCAGGAAGCAGCCGUUCGGGAAAGCGGAGUGUGGUGGAAACCAUUUAGCGCCUUCCUGCUCUCUUCCUCGGAAUACGAAAUGUUUGGAAUGCGGCGGUUACGGCCACUUGAAAAAAGUAUGCAAGAAGAAAGGCCAAACAGACUGUGUAGAUAUCGCCACAAUAGACAAAGAGCACGAACAUGUGAGUCAUCGGUCGAAGUAUUCGGUCUCUCUCCAAAUAGAAGAUAAAAAAAUAGAUUUCGACGUAGAUUCAAGAGCGGCGGUAACGCUGGUGAGUCAGCCCUGGCUGAAAUUAAAUUUCCCCAAAGCAAAAAUUUUGAAAACUGAGUUGAAAUUAAGAUCAUAUUGUAAAAAGAAUUUCGUUCCUAUGGGAUUUGUUAAAGUUAAAGUAAAAGAUGUAGAUACUUGGAAGUAUUUGAAUAUGUAUGUAAUCGAAUAUAAUAGACAGCCACUUUUGGGUCGGGAAUGGAUAAAUCAAUUAACAUCAUUUAAUAAAUUUAAAGAGAGCCUAGAAGAGGUGCAAUCAUUACAUUUAGUAGAACAAUCGUGUAAUGAUCGUUUGAAAAAUCUGCUAGAAAAAUAUGCUAAUGUAACGAGUGAGAAUUUUGAACCAAUUAAAAAAAUCAAAGCUCAAUUAAACUUAAAACCAAACUCACAACCUGUGUUUUUGCGUAGUAGACAAGUGCCUUUCCAAAUUAAAAAUAAAGUAGAAAAUGAAUUAAAUAGAAUGGUAGAAGCGGGAAUUUUGAAACCAGUAGAAGCAUCCACCUGGGCAACCCCGAUUGUCCCAGUUUUAAAGAAAGACGGCGGGGUGAGAAUAUGUGGCGAUUUCAGCGUCACGGUAAAUUCAUGUUUAAUCGUUGAUGAGCAUACAUUACCCACUCAUGAGGAACUUUUUGCUAAAAUGGCUGGCUAUAUUACUGUUUUUCUGGACGAUAUUAAGAUCGCAAGUGUAAACGUCGAAAAACAUUUUGAGAUUUUAGAAUUAGUCUUGAGUCGUUUAUCAGAAUAUAACAUAAGAAUAAAUUUAGAAAAAUGUACAUUUUUGAAAAAUCAAAUUUCGUACUGCGGGCACAUCAUCGGAAAAGAUGGUAUAAAAAAGGAGAAAAAGAAAAUGGAAGCAGUAGAAAAGCUGCCAAGACCCAAGAACGUAUCCGAAGUCCGAGCGUUCAUUGGUUUAAUAAAUUAUUACGGACGAUUUAUAGAAAAUAUGAGUGACAUGUUGAAACCAUUAAAUGACUUGUUGAAAAAGAAUUCGCAUUUUAAAUGGACUUCAGCUUGUGAAAGGGCGUUUAAUAGCACAAAACAAGCUUUCUGUAAUGAUAAAAUUCUAGUGUCGUUCAAUCCAAAUCUGCCAAUCGUUUUAGCUACGGAUGCUAGUCCAUAUGGAGUCGGAGCCGUAUUAUCGCAUGUUUAUCUAAACGGAACAGAGAGAGAGCUUACCGGCGUACAGUGCAAUGCGGAUGCAGCACUACGCGGUUUUCCUCCAGGUUUUGAUUUUGAUAUAAAAUUUAGAAAAACUGAAAAUCAUGGCAACGCUGACGGAUUUUCGCGACUACCAAUAAAAGAAAAUAAUAGGGCAAAGUAUGAUGUGCUAGACGUGUAUACUGUUGAUACAUUAAAUAUGCAACCUGUUAAAGCAAGCCAUAUAGGCAUUGUUAGAAUGAAAGCCCUAGCGAGAAACUAUGUUUGGUGGCAAGGAAUAGAUUUAGAAAUUGAAAAAACUGUUCGUAGUUGUAAGGAAUGUAGUCGCGUUCAAAAUAAUCCGAAGCCUGCGCCAUUGCAUCAUUGGGAGCCUACUGAGGAAGCGUUCCAAAGAAUCUGUAGCGACUUAUAA